CAAGUCCAGGCCGUCUCACCUAGACUGCGCGUGCGCCCGCCCGGCAGCCGGCGGCCGCGGUCUCCGCUGCAGCCUGCCGCCAGGAUAUCGCGCUGAUGCACGGGCAGGAGCGCGGGCCACGAUGACAGAUUACGGCGAGGAGCAACGCAACGAGUUGGAGGCUCUGGAGUCCAUCUACCCCGACUCCUUCACAGUGUUAUCAGAAAACCCACCCAGCUUUACUAUUACUGUGACAUCGGAGGCUGAAGAAAAUGAUGAAACUGUCCAGACUACCCUCAAGUUUACAUAUAGUGAAAAAUACCCCGAUGAGGCUCCACUUUAUGAAAUAUUCUCCCAGGAAAAUCUGGAACAUAAUGAUGUCUCAGACAUUUUAAAAUUACUGGAAUUGCAGGCUGAGGAGAAUCUUGGCAUGGUGAUGAUCUUCACCCUUGUGACAGCUGUUCAGGAAAAGUUAAAUGAAAUAGUAGAUCAGAUAAAAACCAGAAGAGAGGAAGAAAAAAAACAGAAAGAAAAGGAAGCAGAAGAAGCAGAAAAGAAACUGUUCCAUGGAACUCCUGUUACAAUUGAAAAUUUCUUGAGUUGGAAGGCCAAGUUUGAUGUGGAACUCCUGGAAAUUAAAAAGAAAAGGAUGAAAGAAGAAGAACAAGCAGGGAAAAAUAAGCUAAGUGGGAAACAGUUAUUUGAAACAGAUCAUAAUCUUGACACAUCUGAUAUCCAGUUCCUGGAGGACGCUGGGAACAGUGUGGAGGUGGAUGAGUCCUUGUUCCAGGACAUGGAGGACUUGGAGCUGGAGGAUGGUGAGGAUGACCCUGACUACAAUCCUGCUGCCCCAGGGAGCGACUCAGACUGACGCACUGUCCCUGUCUCCAGAGAGGCGUGGCCGCCACAGCAUCUGUGGCGAUGCUUAGAGGGUUUACAUCUUCCUUUUUUUUUUUUUUUCUAAGAAAAGACAUAUUAUUCAGGAGAAUAUUCUUCUGAUAGCUUUCAUCAUUGAACUUAAUAAACUGCCCAUAAAAUUUCAAAUAUAAAAUGUUUACUUCCUCUUACUGAUGAAGUUUAGAUAUUUUAAAUCAUUUAGUGUUGAAGAGAAGUCCUCCCUGUAUCACUUAUGUAGGCUUCUGCUGUAAAUUCGUGGGUUUACAAAUGAGGAAUUGGCAUAAUUCAGGAUUUCCAUGUGGGAGUUGGUGGUUAUUUUGGAUUCCAAGUGUCUUAUAAGACGUCUCGAGUGAAUAGAACAGUAACCUGGUCUCCAGGCGCAUGGCACAAUAAUUGAGUCUUAACAAAGUUAGAAGCUCAAAUAUUAUGUGUGGAGGAAUAAAAUGGACUUUAUUACAGUGGUGGCAGCAUUUGAGUCACACUUUGAAGGUUUUGAGGAAUACGCUCUUGAGCCCUUCCCUAGUUAGAGCCACAAACGGCAGGUCCCAACCUGAUUUAAAACAGUUCAGACUGAUUACAGCAGGUCUGGAGGUUUUCUAACAUACAUUUCUGAUUGAGCCUCUGACCUGUUGGUUUGUCUUACCUGGUUAGGGUUUCCUGCCAGUUAACUAGUCCCAAGGGUCUGUUGGGACUGUUCAUUAUUCGAAGAGAGAUAUGUCCUUAUACAUGCAUAUGGGAUGCUGUCUUCAUAUUAAAUUGAAAUGGUUGGUUGGGGCAUCAGGUAGGAGAGCCAAGCUUUCUGCAAAUUGUCUACUCAUUAUGGUUUUAGACAAUUAAGACCUGACUGAAAAUCACUUGUGCUAUUUCAAGUACCCAUCUUCCAUUAAAAAUAUGUCUUUGUUACAUAUCCACAAAUGCAGUGUCAACCUCGCAGUUAUUUUUGGAGUGAGACUUAUGAUUAAAAUCAAAGUAUUUAAAACUAUCAUGCUGAGUGGUGAUGUUCUCCUUUAAUCCCAGAACUUGGGAGUCAGAGGCAGGAGGAUCUCUAUCUUGGAAACCAGCUUGGUCUACAGAGCGAGUGAGUUCCAGGAUAGCCAGGGCUACACAGAGAUACCCUGUCUCAAAAAACAAAGACAAAACCACCAAAAAGAAAUAAACUGUCAUGGAAUUUAGUACUUUUUGAAGAUAUAUUUUGCUUGGUUUUGAUGCCAGGUGGCCCCACCAACUUCCAUCAUUUCUGUGUAGAGAGAGCCAAAAGUUUUUGUUAUAUUUUAUCUUUUUUUUAAAAAAGAGACUUAGAAGCUGAUUAGUAGAUAUGUAAGAACCUGGAGAAGCUGUUCAAUUAGGGUUAACAAAGCAGUGAGAAACAAUCUGCAAAGGUCAGAUCCCUGACCUAGACGUGCCAAGGAGUCUCUUCAGAUGUUUUGAAGUGGUUUUCACCUUAGUCAUACCAGACUGUAGGGAAAGCAAAUGAUAAGAAGACAACCUGGCUCAUUCUAGUGACACUUCAAGAUUUCAUGAGAAUAUAAAUCACAGUUGGAUUUAUAUUCUGGGAAUGAACCCACAAUUCCACUUGUGCAACAAACAGACUGACCAGUGGCGUUGGAAGUAAUUUGUGAUCACUUGGUGUGGGAAAACUUCUGUCCCCCCCCCCCCGCCCCAUCUACUUGUGCCAAGUGAUAUCAAAAUAUUAGUAGAAUAAAAAAGCAAGUACAUUCUGGGUUCUUGUGGCACAGAGGAGCCCUGGGUAGGGAAUGUGUGAAUUACGGGAAGAUUGAGAUUCUCAUAAGAGGUCAAGUCAGUUUUCUCUUUAUACCAAAAUCAUUGAAUAAAAUCCUCAUCCUGAGUCCUCAUUCCUUUGUGCUCUUUUGACAGCAGGAAUCCUUAUUGACAAGCUGAGGAAGUGCUGAUCGAAGGAAGUACAUAAAGGCUUAAUUGAAUUUGUUAGUUGAGCUCAAAGUAAAUGGAAGGGUCCGUGUCAUCUCAUUGAGAAGAAGAGUUCAUUAUCCUUCACAAACUGUACAAAUAUAUGUGUCAAGCAGCCAAAGAUGAGCUCUUAAAUUCCAGAAGAUGCACGAAGACUGUUAGUAUGUGCUACCCGUUGUUGGUGCUAUAAGCUGCAGGUGGAAGGGGGAGGAGCUACCUGACAUCACAUCAUGUGUUUGUCAUUACAUAGGUACUCUGUGUCAGGUAGGAAAGCAAGGCAGCAGUCCUGUCAUGACGAUCGCACACUUACGCUGAGUAACUGGGAAGGGGCUGUCGGCUGGGGGUGAAGCCUCUCCAGAGUGACACAUGCAGUGUGUGUUCAGGUGGGUGGUGUAGCUCGUCCUGCAGUGUGUGUACAGCCAGGAGGCACUAGCUUCUUCGGGAUGUGUACAGGAGGGUGGUAUUAGUCACUGUCAGAGCAGCAGACACGGGUGCUGCCAAGGAGAUAGUGAGUGGUCAUGCUACUGUUCAGGUGAAAGUUCAAGUGACCUAUUUGUCAACUUAGUUGUAUCAAAAAAUGGCUAAUGGCAUUGUUUUGUUAAGACACAUUCAUCAAAGGACUUUUUUUUUUAUCAUCAAAGAAAAAUGGCCUACGCUGAUUUUCCUUUUAUAUCUAGAACUUAUUUUGCAUUCUCCUAUGAGAAUGACUGAUCUGCCACCCAAUUCUCGUCCUUGAUCCAACCUGUGGUAAUUGCAUUGACACUAUAGAUCUGCAGUUUAAAACACACUGAUUUGGUUUCCAGUUGUUUACUGGGAACAAUCACUUAAAAGUUCCAUUCAGUACACUGAUAACGCUGGGCAGCUGCUGUGUGCCAUUUGUCUUUUGUGUUAAUUCUUUUUUUCCUGUUCUCCAUGAAGAGACAUAUGCAGCUCAGUCUGAAGUUUUACUUUGUGAUUAGAACCUUAUGCACUUUCAGCCAGCACAACAAAUGUGUUUAAUAAUGUACGAAAUUUUCAGUUGGUGCCCAGUACAGGCCAACAUAGUGGCACAGUCCAUAGUCCUGAAUUAUAAUUUUAUUUAUUUAUUUAUUUUUAAUUUUAUUUUUUUUACUUUUUAAAUAUUAAUUACAGUUUAUUAACUUUGUAUCCCAGCUGUAGCCUGCUCCCUCAUUCCCUCCCAAUCCUACCCUCCCUCCCUCAUCUCCCUGCCCCGUUCCAAGUCCACACAUAGGGGAGAUCUCCUCCCCUUCCAUCUGACCCUAGCUUAUCAGGUCUGAAUUAUAAUUUUAAAUUGUGUCGUUUUUUCCUUAAGUGUGUAAUCUGGGUAAAUAUUUCAGGAAAACUGAACCAGAGGUGAAGAAAGUACACAGAAAAGGAGGUAGAGAGAAUAAGAGAGGCAGACUGACAAAUAAUGUUGGAAAAGCAUGGCCUUGCGAAGAUAGCAAGUUAGGAGAAGGAGGUAGUGGUUUCUAGAGAAGGCAGACAGAACUGGGUAGGGGUGUUACUGGACAUUUCUUGUGUUACUGUUCUUGGUGUUGUCUCAUUGCACAAAGAUGGAGAGCAUUUGCCUUGGAAAGGCUCUAUGGUGAGCAUCAGGCUUUUGACUCUCAGACAACCAAUAGCACACAGUGGGAUCCACUGCAGUCAGAAAUUUUAUGUUGUUUGUUUGUUUGUUUGUUUUUUAAUUUGAAAAAGGUUAAGGGAUAAGCUGGGCAGUGUUGACACUCAGGAGGCAGAAGCAGGUGGAUCUCUGUGAGUUCGAGGCCAGCCUGAUCUACAGAGCAAGUUCCAGGCUAGCCAGAGUUACAUAGAGAAAACCUGUCCUGGGAGGAGGAUUGGAGAAGGUUAAGGUUAAAUACUGUACAAAAAGAAGAGCUUCAAAACUACUUCAUGAUAUACCAGUACACUGAAACUCUAGACUUAAAGGCAACAGCAGAAUCAGUGACUGGAAAAUGGGAAGUAGCUGGAUGGUUUUUGUAUUUCAGUCAAAGUCACUUGUUAUCAACUAAUUUUAUGGAUUGCAAGGCUCUGAACAUUUGUUUUUGGGAAGGUUGGGGCUUUAAUCUUUCUGUCAUUGGUUCUUGAUUGAUAAUGAGCCUGCGCCUUGAACAUAGUCUUGAAACUAAGCACAAAGGGCAAACAAGAUAGUGAAGAUUUGAUUCUUAAUGUCUUAACUCACCAGUGCUGUCUGACUCAUUUCUUCACAUAAAUAUACAUGAUUCAGUUGUGAAGACUGGGAGAUUUUAUAGUGAGUAAAAGACUUUGCCUCACAAGUAUGAAGACUGAGUUGGAUCCCCAGAACCCUGGUAAAGCCAGACAUGGUAGUACAUGUAUCCCCGGCGUUUCUGUAGAGAGAUGGGAGGUAGAGAAAGGAGAAUAUGAAGCUUGUAGGCCAGUUAGCCUGAUGUGUGUAGUCUGAACAGGACUGUCAUGGUAGAAGGUGAUAGCUAACAUCUGUCUGACUCCCUGACUGUCCUCUGACUCCCAUACAUGUGCUGUGGCAUGCACAUGCCCUGUCAGCAUACACAUAUGUAUUCAUACACGCUCUACACAUGCAAAGGUUUUGGUUUUUUUUUUUUUUUUUUUUUUUUUUUUUGUCUGGUUUUGUUUUUUGAAACAGGGUUCUGUGUGUAGUCCUGGCUGUCCUGGAAUUUGCUCUGUAGACCAGGCUGGCCUUGAACUCAGAGAUCUGCCCACCUCUACCUCCUGACUGCUGGGAUUAAAGUUGUGUCCACUACCACCUAGCUUUGCAAGUGUUUUUAAAAAGAAGAUAUAUGGUUGUCUUAAAUGAUGAAAAGUGGUGAGAACUGGACUAACAACUGUGGAGUGUGAUAAAGUCAUUGAAUGUGUGAUCCUUAGCUUCCUCCUCUGUAAAGGAGAGAUAAUGAAUAAUUCAUUUUUCAGAAAAUAAAAUUGAAGGCUGUAAAAGAA